UGUCACAAGGUCACACACACAAGGUUCUUUCGAAUCCAACGAGGUCAUCGAUAUCGAUCGUGAGUCCAUACAAUGAAAUUGUUGCGGAGUUUAUCUUUAGCCAAUUAACCAAUACCAUGCUCCAGACUCCAGUCUGAGCCGCAUCCUACCACUCCCUUGACAACUUGAAGUGCAAUAAGUAAUGUUUGCUGCGCCCAUCGGACACGGGGCCGCCGCAUCGGCAAACAACGUCACCGCAAACGCGGAGUCUGAUGUCGAAGAUGAAAUCUCAUGCAACGAGGUUGAUCAGGACGGAGCUCCUACCGAGGCAGACAUAAUGACUGUCACAGCGGAGCUCGUCUUUAACGAGAUGCCAAGUCAUCUGAUAUACAUUUAUGACGACUAUGAAACUACGACACUUAUUGAUCGCGAGACUCUGGUGGAUCUGUUCCGUCCGGAAUUGAUCAGAGUCUGCAAGGACCUUGUUUCCAAAGACAAACUUCAUGACGUAGUCAGGCAGAAUCUGAAAUAUGCAGCCCUUUCUCAUAGAUGGCUCAGCGUCGGGGAACCAACAUUUCAGGAGAUGUCCGCAGAAAGGAACCAUCAGUCUACAAGGCCUGGGUUUAUCAAACUCCGUAACUUCUGCCAGAAAGCAAGGGAGUACGGCUGUCGUCUCGCUUGGUCAGACACUUGCUGUAUCGACAAGAGAAGCAGUGCGGAGCUCGAUGAGGCCAUCAGGGCUAUGUUCAAGUGGUACAGGAACGCAGAGAUAUGUAUAGUUUUUCUUGCAGACUCUUCGUCCAUCUCGGACUUUCCGGAGGAAGUAUGGUUCCAACGCGGUUGGACACUCCAGGAGCUUCUUGCCCCUCCACGAAUCAAGUUCUAUGGCAGGAAUUGGGAUGAACUCAGCCGUUCGCGUAAUGACAAGGAAGGCCAUUCCAUGUUAGAAGCUCUUUCUCAGGUGACGGGAAUAUCCCGCCAGAAUUUGCUAUAUUUCAGUCCGGGGUUAGUCGAUGUUCGCGAGAAGAUGAUCUGGGCAUCCAAGCGGAGGACAACAAGGAUUGAAGACAUCGCUUAUUCCUUGAUUGGAAUUCUUAACAUCAGCCUUAGUGUGGCCUAUGGGAAAGGAGAGCGGGCAUUCCGCCGCCUGAUGGAGGCCAUCAUGCAGGCUUGUCGUGAAUGGCAGAUAUUGGCAUGGGCUGGUCCUCAUUCCUCAUUCCAAGCCAGCAUUCCCCGUUCUCCUCUGGCGUACUGUGCUUUUGACGAAGCAUCCGCCAAUAUACUUUUACCAGAUCGCUAUAUAAUGGAUCGUCCCUCCAAGCUUGGCGAUCCUUUUUUUACGAUGACGAAGAGAGGUUUGGAGCUUGAAGUCAUUCUGGUGGAGAUGAUGCUACAACAACCCGCACCACGACAGCCAGGAGGAACACGGAAAAAAACUCAAGUUAUCCGCCUCAUCUCUGACUCUGCGAGCUUCUAUGACGUCACAGCCCAGUGCGACAUGACCUUUCUACCAUUCUCGCAGUGGGCGAUCGCUAUCGUGAACUACAAAGCUGAUGAAUCUGGAAAGCGCGGUGGUAUCGGAAAACUCAACCCCACAAGUGACUACCUUUGCUUCGUACUUGGGUCUAGUAUUCAUAGUGCGUAUGGGGGGUGGCAGAAGGUUGAGACGCAAAAAAUUGUGACAAUUCGUACCAAGAGGGAGGUGUACCAACAAGUUACGACAGUGUGGCUUUAACCUUCUACCCGCUCACUCCUCGU